AUGCGGUGCGGGACGGGGGGGUGUCAGCGACGGCAGAUGUGCCGCACAGCGCCAUCUAGCGGCCGCACAACGUCGCCAGGUGUGCGCGGCCCGCACCGCCACUUCCACCCGCCCUCAGCCUCAGUCCGCCGUCACGCACCGCCGCGAUCACACGUAACUACGCCUGCUAUAUGCCAUACGCCGGCAGCACGCGCGCGAUUCGAACGUAGUGCAUACACGACCGGUUCC